GUAGGGCUAAGGGCGGCUCCUCACGCGCCGCCGGCUCCGCGCGCGCCCCAGGCGGCGGGUGCGUGCCUCCCCCACGACACGUGGCAGCGCUUUUCCCGCCUUUCCGAGCGGUGGCUCUUUGCCGCCGCUUUCGGGCGAGGCUCCCCCAGGGGCGGGCGCUCGGGGCCUCCCGUUGCCCGUAACCGCGGGAGGCCUCGCCAGCAGCGUGAGGUCUGUGCCCGGGUGCGAGCGUGGCGGUUGCCCCUCUGAAGGGAAGAGCAUAGAGGGGAGGCCUCCUUCUUGGGCAGGGCGGAGGCGUUAGCGUAGUCUGCUUGGAGAGAAAUCUUUUUCAGAGUGUGGUGAAAAGCACACCCGUAGGUAACCAGAGUGGCAAAACGGGCAAACAACUGAAAAUGACGUCCUAUUUGGCUCAAGAGGUUCGCCUGGCUAGGAGACAUGAAGAGAUACUGUCUCAGAGAUCAGUGCUGCUACAGCAGAUGGAGACUUAUCUAGGAGACAAAAAGACUAAAAAGACAUGGCAAACUCAAGCAGCUGAUGCAGCUCAUAAAAGGAAUGCAGCACUUCUAAAUGAUAUAGAAGCAGCCGAAAAAAAGCUGCAAGAAAGAGUGUAUUUACUUCCACAUCCUGAUACUGUUAAGUUAGAAACUCUCUACUGGGCGUCAGUAGAAGAAUGUCUUCCCAAGUGGGAACAGUUUCUUUUAGGAAGAGCAGAAGCUCCUAUUGGUUUUAAGAAAAUGAAAUCUACAAAACAGAAUAAAAGCUCCCCAGAAGAAGAGUCGCAAAAAUAAAUGCCCUGGGUUUGUUUCCUAACUUCUGACUGAAGCAAACAGUAGCAUGCUGAUCAGGCAAUGGAAUAUCAUGUCAUUAAAUUGUAAUGUAAAUAAUUUAAAUGAAAAUUAACUGUAUUAGAUAGUUUGCUUUCACUGUCUCAUGUAAAAUUAUUUAGUUUAAACGAUAUUUUUGCUUGAGGAGAACCUAGACCAUCAUUCCUCAUGUUGAGAGGAGCAAUCCUACUCAAAAGGGCUUUUCGGACCAGAAGUGAGAAAUUCUGGUGUAUGGAAACCCACCAGGGCAAUUACCUCUUCAGUAUGAGAAGAGUUUUAGUUUUUUUUGUAAUCGUCUGCUUUUACAUGUUAGUGCGAUAUAUAAAGACAGAUUCAUGUGUUCUCUUUCUUCAUUGUCAUCUGUGCUGUGAAUGUCUCUGUGGAUGAGGGAGCAGGGAAGAAUUUAUCGUUAACAGGCAAGGCAAGCAGUUUACAUCAGACAGAGUAGCUUUGUUUUAGAACUGCAAACCUGUGUACAAACCUUAAUGAUAGCAGCUGUGGAAGAAACACCUUGAAUUUACACAUCUUGCUUUCCCUGAUUUUUGUCAUUGCCACUUGCUUUGCUUCUACCCUUUGCUCCAGUAACUACUGCUGCUUUUCCCCACCUCUGCUUCCCCACCAUGCUGCCUGCUUUGUAUUUCCCAUCUAAUGGGCUGGAAAAGACAAGAAAAAGUAAACAGGUCUCUGGGGUUUUUUUGCUACUUUUAGGCUGCUCUUAGUGCUAUUUUCUUUAUGUUGACAUAACUGAUAAGUGAGAUCUUUUGCUUAGACAUGAAAGCUUUGAGAGAGCCAAGCAGAAAGCUAGCCCACAGUGACUGUCCAAAGAACAAGCAUAUAGAAGGUGAGGCGAUAAUACUUUCUCAGGCACUGAAAAGCUUCUCAGCGUCCUCCUGCGGAGCUGUAGUAUCAGUGAGUUUUGGUUGGACAGUGGACUUAACUCUUUGUGCAGGGGAGCUACCUUAUGCUACUCUGGUACUUACAUGCUUUUGAAAGUACCAGUUCAGUGGAAAAUCUUUCCAGGUGUAUGACUUAGCCCUAAGAAAUUUCACCCUUCUAAAGCAAGCAAAGCCUAGAAAACUUUUUUUUUUUUAAUUAUUGAGAACCUGGAUUUGAGUGUUAUAAUUUGGUUAAUGAAAGAUUGUUAUAGUUUAAUGGCACGUGUGACAUCAUUCUCCCCCUCCCCCCCCAACCUGGAAGGAAGAGGAAAAAAAGUUUACUCCCACCAGCACCUGAGGAUGUGAAAACUUAAUUAUUACUGAUUUUGCCAGGCUGUUAGUGAAUUAGUGUGUGCACCUUUGUGCUACAUAGUCCUAUGAAUUAUUUUUGUAUUAGGGAUGUUUUAACUACUUUUAUUGAAACUGUAGUGCUUUUUAGCAACAUUUCUCAUAAAUGUCCUGAUUGCUUUGGCUCUAACCCCUCCGACACUGUUCUGUUUAAAAGAUCAACUUGAGAAUUGAGCAUUGCAAAGUGUGUAUUUAAUUAAUUAAACAUAGUUUAAUUAUUUAUUGAUUAACUGUACUGGGGAGUUCAUGGUCCAGUAAGAACUAGGGAACCAACUUCUAGCUGGAAAUUACAGGAGGUCUAGGUAUUCUUGAAGAACCAACAUCUGCAGAGACUGUUCUUUCUGAAAUCAGGCACUUGGUUUGUCUGAAUUAAAAUUAGCUGAAGAUUCACUGACAUGAAAAAAAUAAACUUCAGCUGCAAUUACAAAUUGUUUUAUGUUUUCAAGGGGAAUGUUAAGAGUUCAUUUGAAACUUUUUUCUAUUGAAGUGUCCAUUAAACUGAUAAGUUUUAACAGAAACUGCCAUCUUAGAAAUAUCCUGUUGAGUGGGUGUUGGUGUUUGUAACAAUAACGUUGUUUUCAUAAUAUGUGAUGGCAGAUUAGCACGCUUCUCUGCAGUGUUGUUAACAGUUGUAAUUAAGGAAUAAACAGUAAAGGGUGUCAGUCCGAUGACAAUUUCAUCUAUAGUGUCACAAUACAAAAUGUCACAAAAUAUUAGAACUGUUAUAUAACUACAAAAAUAUCAAAUUAGGCUUUCAUCUUACAAGCAGAGAGCUUAAAAAAAACCUGGCAUAGAGACCAUUGCAAUUUUAUACCUACUCACUGUUCUGUCACAAAGACAAGUUGGUAAUAUUUUCUUCUGUAAGAUCACAAUGUGUUUCUCAGUCUGAUUUAGUAGGAGUGUGUGUGGAUUUUAGAAUUACAGAGCUCAAAAUUAAAAAGCAUAUAAUUGGAACCAGUUGAAAAGACAAUAAGGGAAAAGCUAUUACACAUGAAGGCACUGAAGAAAUUAAAUGCCCAAAAAGGAGGGAUGGGUGAGCAGUUAGUUGCUUACAAAGACUAGGAUUCAUCCUGGUCUUUGCAUCCUAAGGGAAAUCUGGGCCCUUAAGUACUUUAUGCGUGUGAAUAAUCUGGGUCUUUAUCUCUUUGGACUCCGCCUAUACACUGGGACACAAUACAGAUGCUCCCAUCUCCUUCGUUUUGAUUUCCUGUGGAGGGAAAGCUGGGUGUGUGGACUCUGACGGGAUGGCAGCUGGAUGAUUCGAGCAUUUUGCAGAAUGCACCCGCAAGCAGUGUUGUAGUUUUCACUGCAGAAAGAUAAGAAGCCUUCCCUUGUUCGCAAUUAUGCGUUGAGCAUAACUAUAUUAAAUAUUAUUAGGUACUCCAUUAUUAUGUUUCCAACAGUUUUCUGUUAAAUUGGACAAAGGGAUGAGGAUUAAAUUAUGCUCCUUUCAAAGAAGGAAAUUAUGUGGUUUCUGGGACAUAACUUUAGAAACAACAGGGCAGCUAGUGCGUGAAAAAAUAUACAGGAACAUGUCCAGAAAAAGGGGGGAAAAAGAGAAAAACACUUAAAGCAGGAGUGUGUAUAGGUGAUCAUUCAUAGAAAGACAAGGGCCUUCAGAUUGGCGUGUGGUCUAAUAUAAAUAAAUGCAAUUGCAUAUGACUGUGAAACUGCAAAGCAGUAGGGACAGGGAGGCACAGAGCAGGCCGUUAAGGUGAAGAAAUACGUGUUUCAUGAUUUGUCACAGACCUCAGGGUCAAGCAGUGGCAGAAAAUGCAAUCGUAUGGUAUCUUCCAUCACUUAGAUCAAGUGCACAGUUUUUACUAAGCCUGACUUAGCUUACAUCUUACUUGUCCAUAGAUACAGGUACAGCUCAUUUGCAUUGUUUACAAAAUAGAAGAAAGAAAGAAAAAAAAUGAUGAUACCAGUGGAAUUGAAUUGUGGGUUUAAAGGAGACCCUGGAUAGCAGUGCUUCACUCAAUCAAGGCUGGUAUUUCAAGUGUAUUGAUUCUAGGUAGUUUUCCCCCCAGUCAUUCAAGGGUGGGGGUUUUUUAAGCUUAUUUAGAUUCCUACAAAUUUUUUUGAUAAGUGUGUUUUCACUCAGAACAUAACCUGUUGCUUUACACACUUGACUAACUGCGUGCCCUUUUGUGCUACUGUAUAUGUACAAAUAAGCUGCAAUUGCCCUAAGAGCCUGUUGCCUCUUUUUCUUUUCUGGUGGGUGGGGGAAAGCGAUUGAGAAGACCAGUAGCGGAAACAAAUGUUUUUGCCUGUUUGUAAGUCAAAUAUUUGAGUAUUUUAUAAGAAGAAAUACUAAAUGGUCCUCUUGUAAGUUUAUGCGCAGAUGAGUAACCACAGUACUAGCCUAGAGGCACAGCCUGCUCGCCCAUCUUGUCACCUCCACCUGAGCUUUUUACUUUUUCCGUUGUUCUGGCUGUGGGGGUAGGAGGCAUGCUAGUUUUACGUAGGAUAAGGAAUUCUUACUCCAAAUAAUCUUUCUCAAGCCUAUUAAUGUCAUUUGAGAAUAUGUAUGAAAUAACGAAAGGAUUUAGAACACUCAUGACAUUUGACACUUACUGUAGUAUCCUCUUGAUUGUAUUUAUUCAGGGUCAUCUUUUCAUAAAAGUUGGGAGCUAGAUUUUAAACUGAGCUUAUAGUUUUUUGUCUCUGUCUUUUUUUUAUUCACACAAUGCAGCUCAGGGAUGUGGAUGUCAGACUAAAGCUCAGUUUGAGCUGGCGGGUACUGAAAAAUAAGAAAACAAUAUUUGAAAUAGAAGGUAGUUUCAGAGGUUACUUCUGAAAGAAAGCACUGUUUGCUCCAUAAUGGUAAUUUUCAUGAUAUUUUAAUAGUUCUGUUCAGGUAAACUGGACCUUAAAUAUCAUCCCAAAUGUAAGCUUUUUUACGAUAUUUGUCGAGGUAAGAACUCUAUUACUGUAAUAUUCUGUUUGCUCAAGAACUGUAAUCCAUGCAUAUACUAUGUUGCAGUUGAAUAAAGCUUUGAUCCUGUA